CAGCACGUGCAAGACUGGGCCAUCCCCAUAGGAAAGACCCAGGAAGCAAUAAUACAGCUGAAAUCCUGGUUGGAGAAGAACCCACGUGUGGUGGCCCAUUUUCCGGUAGAAGUUCGCUUUGCCAGAGGAGAUGAUAUUUUAUUGAGCCCAUGCUUCAAUCAAGACAGCUGCUAUAUGAACAUCAUUAUGUACAGUGCCAUAUGGAAAAGAUCUGUCCCGCAUGGAGAAUACUGGCUGGAAUAUGAGAAUAUUAUGAAACGUGUUGGAGGACGACCACACUGGGCUAAGGCUCAUACUUGUACCCGUAAAGACUUCGAGAAGAUGUAUCCUGAAUUCACC